UAUCUUAAAUCGUUAAUCUUCUUCUCCGUCUGUCACCGCCCAUUGACACAUACCCCUUUCUCUAAACCAAUUUUCAAUUUGACCUCUCUUUCUCUUCCUCUUUCUUUCUUCUUUCCUCUAAUGGCGGACACCGGCGUAGUCACCGUCUACGGCAAUGGCGUCAUAUGUGAAGCUACCAAGAAAUCUCCCUUCUCUGUCAAGGCCAGUUUAGCCCAAAUGCUUCGCGGUGGUGUAAUUAUGGACGUCGUUAAUGCCCAGCAGGCUCGAAUCGCCGAAGAGGCCGGCGCCUGCGCCGUCAUGGCCCUUGAGAAAGUUCCCGCCGACAUUAGGGCACAAGGGGGAGUCGCUCGCAUGAGCGAUCCUCAAUUAAUUAAAGAAAUCAAGCAAGCUGUGACCAUUCCAGUCAUGGCCAAUGUUCGAAUUGGUCAUUUUGUCGAGGCUCAAAUUCUCGAGGCAAUCGGCAUCGAUUACAUCGACGAGAGCGAGGUUCUGACUCCGGCCGAUGAUAAGAACCACAUCAACAAGCACAAUUUCCGGAUCCCUUUUGUAUGCGGAUGCCGGAAUUUAGGGGAAGCAUUACGUCGAAUUCGUGAAGGCGCUGCGAUGAUUCGUACUAAAGGCGAAGCCGGAACUGGAAAUAUUGUUGAGGCUGUUCGUCAUGUGAGGUCUGUGAUGGGAGACAUUAGAAUGCUGAGGAAUAUGGACGAUGAUGAAGUUUUCUGUUAUGCCAAGCAAAUUGGAGCACCGUAUGAUUUGGUUAUGCAAACCAAGCAGCUCGGCCGGCUACCAGUGGUGCAUUUUGCAGCUGGAGGAAUUGCAACCCCGGCUGAUGCGGCGAUGAUGAUGCAAUUGGGAUGCGAUGGUGUAUUCGUCGGCUCCGGCGUAUUCAAGAGCAGCGAUCCAGCAAGACGAGCUAGAGCUAUUGUACAAGCCGCAACGCAUUACAGUGAUCCUGAUGUUCUUGCAGAGGUGAGCUUUGGAUUGGGAGAACCCAUGGCGGGGAUUAACCUCAGCGAUCGGAACGUGAAUGUGGAGAGGUAUGCAAAUCGGUCGGAGUAAUUUGGGUUUCUGCAUUUUUGGUUUGUGAAUCAGAUCAAAGACAUCAAUGAUCGGAUCACGGGUAGAGGUGAUGUUCUUGAUAUCCUUAUGGUUUUGUAUGAUUCAUUUGAGUUAACUUUGUUUUGAUGUUUCGUUUCUUGAGGUGAUACCAAUAAACUUGUCCGUAAUCUGGGUUUUUACGUGAAAGUUUGGUUGUCUUUGGUGUUUUAGGAUUGAAUUUUAGAAUGAAUGGUUUUGUUGAACCAUGAAUGAUUAUGGAUCAGAAAAAAUUAAAAAAGAAAACUACACAAUUUGUAAAUCAUGGGUGUAAUAUAUGUUUGAUGUAUGGAAAGUUUUCAUCUUUAGUCAUCAA